AUGGAACCAUGGCUAGAUUCUCUCUCGGAAGACUGGAAGUCAGAACACCAAUCGUCCUCUCCCGCACCCUUGCGCUCGAGCAGUCGCCAAGAUGGCAGCAUCUCCCUGUCUCGCUCCCAAAGUCGCAUUCCACACCUGGCAAAGAACAUGCGCAAAGACUCUUCUACCGGGAGCUUCCUCAGACAUAGGUCUAGUAGAGGACAAGCACGUGCGAACGGCGAUUCCAUCCUCCGAGAACGCAGCGCAUCAAGCCUCAACACUCCAGGGCAGUCAGCAUCGCACAAACACACGAGUCUGCCCCGCCGUCCUUCAAGUCCCUUUUCAGAUUCGCAAAACUCGGUUCAACAUUAUAGCGUGCAUGAACAACCGGCCGUGGAUGAGACACCUGAAUGGAAGAGAAGGCUCGCCAAGGGUGAAGAUGUAGGCAGCGACGGCUUCGAUCUCUUCUCUCCGUCGAAAUUGGAAGGCAUCUUCAAGAAACCAACAUCGUCCAAACUGCCAAGCGAGGACGAAGUGGAACAACCCGAUGGCGAUUCAAAUGUGUGGAAACCUUUCACCCUGCCAGUCUCCAAUUCCUUCUCAGAUCAAUACAACAGCAUCCGACAGACCAGAAGUCUCCCCAACCUGGAGGUAUUAGAAGAGGUGAACGAGGAGGACGAGCUAUCUCUGGACGAACCAUCGGCUCUCUCUUCAGAUCCUGCUCAUAAUGGUUCAGUGAGAGGCAUCGUCAGGCAACGAGUCCAAUCUCUUGAGCGGGCUGGCGCGACCCUCUCUGUUCGAUCAUCUCCAGCAGGCUCUCGGGAUCCGCGCGAAAGGGGCGAAGAGAAUGUCCAAGACCCUCGCUGGAGGACGGUCAGUGGCCAGGAAGAGCUCAAGAAUGAGCUUAUUAGCCCCGUCACGGUGUCAAAGCAGAACUCCAUACGUGCCACGGUUCUUCGUAAUUCUCUCGAGGCCAACGUACAGCCCCUCGACCACAGAUUCAGGAAGACCACGCCAGGCACUAUAGAGCGCCCGACAUCGAGCGCGAGCGAUCGAGACAUCAGCUAUGAACACGGAUCCAAAACUCAGACCAUUGUCAAUGAUGAGCCACUGCCGGACUUGACCUCCCAGUCACUGCCAGAUGACUUGUCCAUGGGAACCCAGGACUUCAUGUCGCAUGGUGGCUUCAUCAACUCGAGACGUGGUGGGCGAUCGAAUGAAGCUUCAUUUCUGCGAAAGUCCCUCAGCAUAUCGCAAGACCACUCACAAAUCGAGUCAAAUUCGCGGCCUAUCUUCCAAUUUCACAGUUCACCUCCCCAGUCUUCUCGCCUAUACGAUGAAAGUAUCGAAGAGAGCAAGACUAGCGCCAGUGCUCCGACCACUCCACAAGACACAAGCGUGGUGCAUCACACCGAGUCUUCCAGCAAACCCGCCUCGUCUGGAAGUCCACUCAAGCUUUUCGGGAAUCGCGACACCUACACAAACAACAAGUUGAUGCGAAUACUCAGCCAUUUCGAAGAGCCCGCCGACCAAUCCGAGAACGCAGACGAUGACAACGUACCGCGAGACCAGCAGGAGAAUGCGCAUCGCAUGAGCCAAUUCGGCAGAGGAGAGCUUGACAGUUUUGGGUUUGCUCAAGAUAUCCCCAAGCCCUCGCCUGUUGGUACGGCUCUGGUCAGAUCGGAUGAGAGGAUUUUCAAGCCGGUCACCAUCAACGCUGGCAAGAAUGUAGACCCGCCGAACGAGGCUGCGAGGUCAGGGACAGCCUUCGAACAUGGACAGAGACAAGAGCAAUUUGCAACCGCUGGAGUUGUAUCCGAGAAGGAUAGAACGACAAAAAGACGCAAGACGCUUGUCAAGGACAAGGUCAGCGUCGAGGGCCACGAGCUGGAAUUCAAGAUCAGCCAGUUGGACGAAACAGCCACCCUUGCUGGGAGGAAACGUAAAGACGCCAGACCCGGCGACGACGGUACAUUGGCUGACCCUGAGGUCCUUGCUUCCCGGAGUCUGCUGAAACCCAAGUUGUCGAGAAGAGAAUCCGUCGAUCAAGCUCCGUCAGACGGGCAGGAUGAUUCGAGCGUGAGAAAUGUCGUGUCAGAAAAUCCUGGCGAAGGUCUUACGGAGGCCCUAGCUGCAGAACUGGCCUCUUUCGCCCAGGAGGCUGCGCAUAUCAACGACGACUCUCGCAAACCAUCGCUUGCCACAAAAGACUAUAUGGAAGAAGCAAACAAGGUCAUGCAGUUCAUUCGUGCUCGAGGAAAGCCGAUGCCCGCCCUGCCUGAUAUCAGCGAGCCUGGAAAUACAUCCGAGCUCAAUCCAGAUGCCAUUCUGGACCUGGACGUCGAUUUGGACUCAACAAAGGACGAUUUUUCAAGACCGCCGUCCCGAGAGUGCGGUUCGAAACCAUUGCCAGACCGUCGUCAUGCUCGACAUGACUCCCGAACUGCGAGCUACCUCCGACAAUACCAAGAUCAAGAUGAUAUGGACGUGCUGACAAGCACAUCGGUUUUUGGAACUUUGGCUGCUAAUGUUGCUGAGCAAGGUCAACAGCAAGCACCAGCGCAUGAUCUUGAUGACUCUCAAGAGAGCAGUCCUCCAAACAUGCGCAUACUGAACCAUUCGGACACGAUGAGAAAACGCAAAUAUUCCACGUCCACCGUGGAUGCGGCUCAGGACUUUACCUUGAAUCAACCUUUACACAGCCAGCACUCUGCAGGCAGUUCGACGCAACGUACAUUCCCUACCAGCUCGUCCACUUCUGGUCACAAGGGGGUCAUCGCCUGUGGGACCGUAUCCAUCCCGGAUCACGUUGGCUUGAUGACCUUUGAUCACGAAAAGAAGAUGUGGGUCAAGAAAAUGGCAUCCAAGGAUGAUGCUCGGCCAUUCAGCCGAGUCGAACGGACUGAAGACGAUCCUUUCGGAGACAUACCUGAUCUGAGCAUCGAUGAGCAACAGGAGAUAGAGAGGGCGCGUCAAGCAGAAUCAUCCGGGAAAGAAAAUGCGCCCACUGCGGUUGAGAACGAUAGAGAGGCUCAGACACCAGCUUCCCGACAACCCCUAGCAGAGAUGAACUCUGAGGCCGUCGAAGAGAGAGAUCAAAGAGAACAUGAGCCGGAGGAUGAUGAGGAUGACGAGCAUGUGAACCAAAGCUCUCUUCGCUCAAAAGCUUCCGAGCACGAGGCAAAGCUUCACGAUGGUGUUGCGUCAAGGCCUCCUGGUGAGCUCAAAGAAGGUCGGAAGCAGGCCAGAGUUGUGACCAUUGCCUUCUCGUCGCCGGUGGUCUCGGCUGUCAAUUAUGCCAAGAUGUCGGAGGCCGACUUUGAUGAUCUACCUCGUGAAGAUGAUCUUCCACUUGAUGACUCCGAGAUAGACUUGUAUGAGGAAGUCGUCGACAGAAGAUCGCGACGGAGCCAGCCGGCCGAGAACAUGACAGAGUCGUCGCCAAAGAAAGGCCAGGAUGCGUUCGGCGAACACAAAUUGACCGUCGCGUUCCAGCCUCGGACAAUAUCGCCAAUAGCAGAGGGUGAUGAAGAACACAUUGAUGGGCAGAUGAGCGUGGCCCGGGUCCAACCGUCUACCGAAUUGACUCCAGCAGCGCCGAGGACGGUUUCGAAACGUCAAAAGGCCACAACCAAGGCCUCUAGCAUUCUCUGCCUGACUCCGCUUUCUGAAUUCUCGGUCCAUCAAGUCGACAGUGCCAAACAUCCGGAUCAGAGCUACGUGGAGGAGAGGCAACAUCCGAAUGCACUUCGACAAGCUCAUGGCUCACUGGCUUUGGCGGUGGAUGAGCUGGUCAAAGCCAUCACGGACGCGGUGCCCGAUGUACUGUAUUGGGAACAACUUCGGCGGCUGACCAUUCAAAAAGGGGGCCUUUCUUCCGUCCACGGUCUAAAGGAGUAUUGUCCCACAUUGGAAGAGCUCUUGGUAUGCGACAACCAACUUACACAAGUUGGCGGUCUGCCGGAAACUCUCCGUGACCUCGACAUCCACAGCAACAUGCUCAAUGACUUGACCUCGUGGGGUCAUCUACACAAUCUCCAGUAUCUCGAUGUUUCUGGGAACCAGCUUGAGGGUCUGGAAGGAUUCAGCUCGUUGGUCCACCUGCGAAGCCUGAAGGCCAGCAACAACCACAUCAACAAUAUCGAUGGGAUUUUGGAUCUCAACGGUCUUCUGGAGCUCCAGCUUGGUGGAAACGAGCUUGUGACUGUUGACUUCGAGGGAUCAGAGCUUAGUCGAUUGAGGUCACUCGACUUGAGUCGCAACCAGCUCAUUGCGGUACACAAUCUUCACAGUCUUCCCCAGCUGGAAGAGUUGAAUCUCUCGCACAAUCUGCUGGAGGAUUUCGCGCCAUCAGACAGAGAUCACAGGCUGGCGAUACGCGAUCUUCGAUUGUCUCAUAACCAGCUUGUUACGAUGGAGCUGAAGUCCAUGCCCUUGAUCCAACGAUUGGAUCUAGACGGCAACAGCGUCACAGAUAUUCGGGGACUGUCCCAGGCCUACCAUCUUGAAGUAUUGUCAUUGAGAGAGCAACGGGACUCGUCCCACAUCAUCGACCUGGUCCUUUCGACCCCGAACGAAUGCCGCGAGAUACGGCUAUCCUCGAACCAGACCGAAGACGGGACGUUCAAGCUCCCACCCUCGCCGCAGAACAAUUUGCGCGAACUCGAGAUCGCGGCAUGCGGCAUCUCCGAGCUUCCCGCCGGAGUCGGAGCCUAUUUCCCCAACUGUCGGUCCUUGAACGCCAACUUCAACGCCAUCAACGACAUCGCCCCGCUGCGCAAGAUGGUCCGGCUGAAGUCGUUGCUGCUCGCGAAAAACCGCAUCAAGAAACUCCGCCGGACCUGUCUGGUGUUGGCGCGGUUGGAGGCGGUUCAGCAGGUCGAUCUCCGGGACAAUCCUUUGACAGUUGGCUUCUACAGUCCUGUUGGGUUUUCCGACAACGUCGGCACCGGUGCAGAAGCUGCAAAGGAACAAGGGCGUUGUUGUUUGCCCGAGGCACGAUAUUAUCUGCCUCCAGGCUCGCCCGUGGAGGAUGUCACGUGGAUGAAAGUGCUCGACGAAAUGACUGGCCUGCGAAGACGGACUAUCGAGCUGUUAUUGGCUGACCAUUGCAAGAACCUGGUUCAGCUCGAUGGUCUGGAGCUGUCUCGCGAAAGGGUUGGCAAUCGUGAUGGCGUUUGGAGUCGGUUGACUGCUCAGGGCGUGCUGAAGAAACCGGCACCAACACCACUACCAGCACCACCCAUGUCCACUGCAGCGGAGGAGCAAGCGGAAGAACAAGAAUUAGAAGAAGAAGAAUUCACCCAGACUACCAAUGAUGGAAGGUCUCUUCGGGAGUCUUCGAUGAAUCAUCGUCAUGGCUGUGGUCAUGGUCUUGAUGAUGGAAAUGAAGAAGCAUAUGAAGAUGAAGACGGCGAUGGCGAUGCAGAUGGACAAUGA